CUUUAUUAUCAUACUUUACGUAACGAUAACGCGUACGAUAGCCAACCAGGCAACAAUAAAAUGGCUGCGUGCAAUGGGAAAAGCACGUCUAACCACAGCAUGGAUAAGAGCAUCACUCUUCCUCCAGAUGAAAUUUUCCGUAAUCUUGAAAAUGCCAAGAGGUUCGCAAUUGAUAUAGGUGGCUCUUUGACCAAGCUGGCCUAUUAUUCAACUGUACAGCACAAAGUAGCAAAAGUCCGCUCAUUUGACCAUUCGGGGAAGGAUGCUGAAAGUGAACCACUAUAUGAAAUUUCUAUGCAGGAGGAAAUUACACCACGGCUACAUUUUAUUAAAUUUGAAAAUACUUACAUUGAAACAUGUUUGGAUUUUAUCAAAGACCAUUUGGUUAACACUGACACAAAAGUGAUCAAAGCUACAGGAGGCGGAGCGUACAAGUUCAAAGACCUGAUAGAAAAAAAGCUGAAACUGAGUGUUGACAAGGAAGAUGAAAUGAGCUGCUUAAUAAAAGGUUGCAACUUUGUCCUGAAAAACAUUCCUUUUGAAGCAUUCAUUUAUGUGAAGCAUGGUGAUCCUGAGUUCCGGUUCCAGACUACAUGUCCAGAUAUUUUCCCGUAUCUUCUGGUUAACAUCGGCUCAGGAGUGUCUAUAGUAAAGGUAGAGUCAGAAGACAAAUUUGAACGAAUUGGAGGAAGCUCAAUUGGAGGAGGAACGUUUUGGGGCCUUGGAGCCCUGUUAACAAAAACAAAGAAGUUUGAUGAGUUGCUGCAGUUAGCCUCUAAGGGGCAACACACCAAUGUGGAUAUGCUGGUGCAAGAUACCUAUGGAGGGGCAUAUGAGGCUCUUGGACUAAGUGGAAAUCUGAUUGCAAGUAGCUUUGGGAAAUCUGCAACUUCAGAUAAAGAAGACAGUCCCCAGAUGAAUACAAGGCAUGUCUCGCAAACAGAAUUUAAUCAAUUGCAAAUUUCUGUUAACAACUUAACUUUGCUAAUGCAGCAACCGACUCAACAUUCGCAAAACACAGUAAAUGGAGGGUUGCAGAAUGGCUCAGGAGAGCUGCAUUCACAUAUAAGACCUUCUAAUUCAUUUUUUGACGGUGUUCCACCUGGCCAGGAACAUUUUCAAGCCCAGACUGCAGUAAGAUACAAUGCAUGUAAUUUAUCUGUAACUGCAAAUUUUAGAAACAACUUGAGGCUGGAACAGUGGCUCAGUUCAGCAGUACCUUCACCUCCAGGGGGUGUGGUCCAUCAAACAGCUAUUGAAGGUAAUUUAACCCUGUAUCUUGAACUUUUAACCAGAUAUCGUAAACAUUUUCAUGAAAAUGUAUAUUUUAGAGAAUGCAUUAAGCAUAGGCAGGUCCCAGAGGGCCUGCGGUACUGGAAGAACCCUACUGGUUUAGUGGAGAAUUCACCAUUACAGAAAAAUGUACUUAGUAUUUAUGACAGACGUGGCUGUAAGCUAAUGGAACUGUUGGUCCGUUAUAAUUCUAAAGAAAUGGAUGAGCUGUAUUCAACUGUUAAAACCAUGGAUGAAACUAUUAUUCAAGAUAAUGCUUUUCAUCAAUUUAGUGCAUGUGGGUUUGAGGUUGUCAAAGCCAUUUUAACAGAGAAUGGGAGGGUUAUGGCUAGUUUGACAAAAGAAAUGGAGACCAUUAAUGACAGAAUAGUCAAUGACUUACUUUUUAAAGUGGAAAAAGAAAAACUACAGUACUACAACAUUUUUUUACAAAUAGACUCAGAUUGUAUUGUCAAUAUGAAUAGGAAGUGUGGCAAGUUGCCUAGGGACCUGAAGGAAUAUAGGAACAAUGUGGUAUACCCUAAACCCAAUUUUUUUUCAGGGAUGCAAGAUUAUAAGACCAUCAGAAAUGAGAGGGGUUUUCAACAACACAUUUCCAAUGAUGACCAAAGGGAUGAAUUUGUAGACAAUCAUUUUCAAGAAGAAGAUUACCCUUUAGACCAGGGUCCCCCACUUUGUCGAUCCAAUUGGAUCCGCAAUCAGAACCGGUCUAAUAUGCAAGCAUAUGAUAUUAAUUUGAGAAACAGAUUUUUUUCUUGUCCUGUAGGUAACAUACAGUUGCAUCUGGUGAACAUAGAGCUUACAGCUCACCUUGAAAUGUUAUCCCCUUCUGUCUUUCUGUCUUUUCCCACAUCUACCAAGGUAGUGAAACGUGCUAUUGCUAGCCAACCUGAUUCACUUGAUGCAGCAAAACAAGCAGAGAAGUUCCGUCAGAAAUACUGGAAUAAACUUCAGACCCUAAGGCACCAACCUUUUGCCUAUGGAUCUUUAACUGUUCGAAGUUUAUUGGACACAAGAGAACAUUGUUUAAAUGAAUUCAACUUCCCUGAUCCCUAUUUGAAAGUGAAGCAGAAAGAAAAUGAUGUAGCAUUAAAAUGUUUCCAAAGAAUAGUCUUCUCUCUGGAUGCUUUAAACUGGGAAGAAAGACAGCUUGCACUGGUGAAAGGACUUCUUGCUGGGAAUGUGUUCGACUGGGGAGCAAAAGCUGUAUCAGAUCUUCUUCAGUCUGAUCCACAGUUCGGAUUCGAACAAGCAAAGAAGAUGCUGCAAGAGCGGCCGUGGCUUGUUGAUACUUAUAGCAAUUGGAUAGAGCGAUUGAAGGGUCCGCCUCAUAAAUGUGCCUUGGUUUUCGUAGAUAAUAGUGGAAUAGACAUUAUUCUAGGUGUCUUCCCUUUUGUUCGAGAGCUGCUGUCCAGGAAGACUGAGGUCAUAUUAGCCAGUAACACUGGACCUGCGCUAAAUGAUGUUACUUACAGUGAAUCCCAGAUUGUCGUAGAAAGGAUAGCAGCUAUGGACAGCAUCAUACAAUCAGCACUGAAAGAAGAGCGGCUGCUGUUAGUAGAAACUGGUUCUAGCUCUCCUUGCUUAGAUUUGAGUCGGUUAGACAAAGGACUUGCUGUGCUGGUGAAGAAGAGGAAGACAGACCUUGUUAUAAUUGAAGGGAUGGGCCGUGCAAUACAUACAAACUACAAUGCAGUGCUACGCUGUGAGAGCCUAAAGCUUGCAGUUCUCAAGAAUGCCUGGCUUGCUGAGCGGUUGGGUGGAAAACUGUUUAGUGUUGUGUUCAAGUAUGAAUUGCCACCUCAAUGAUCAACAAGGGCAAGACAGGUGAUGAGGUGUAAAGAAACUACCUUAGACAGCUGUAGACUUGCACUAGUAUCCCUCCAUGCAGCUGCCAAGGAUGUGUUGAGCAGAAGUGGUGGAUGCCCAAAGUCUGAACAAACUAUUAUUUAUGUCAUGCUUUUUAAGUACAGAAAAGCAAUAAUACAUAAUUUGCUGUGUAUAUAGUUGUAUAAUGUCAUUGUAAUGAUUGUUGCAUACAUGUAUUUUAAAAUGUUUUGACAGGUCAAAAGUAAGGACUUAACCUUUUGGUUGCUUUUCACUGAGACAAUCAUAAUGAAUUCUGUUUAAAUGUCUAUUUUUUUAAUGCGUUCACCUGGAAUGAAAAGCAUUCUGACAGAAAGGAAGGAGAGUGUGGAGUUACUUAAAACUGCAGGGGUAAAGUAGUGCAAUACUUAAAUGAGUACAAGGACCACUUUUAUUGUAUUAUUUUAACCAUGUUGUCAAUGCCAUUUAUUGCACUGGAUUUCAUAGCCAGAAGAAUCUGUGACCAUCUUCUCAUCCACUGUAGUGCCAUAACUGGUUGCUAGCAGAAAAGAGACUGCCCUAUGCCUAGGCCAGAAGAUGAGAAGUAAAUUAAAGCAGGGAAUUGACUUGAACAAUAAAAAUGUUUCUGUAAAUUUUAUGAAAGUGUGCCAGUAAUGUCAUGUAAAGUUACUUAAGCUAAUCAUUCUCUCUGCCCUUUAAAUGACCAUCUAAAUCACUUGCCAUUGUACAUGGAAAGGGAAAUUAUACAACAUUCAUUACAUGUCCUGAAAGAUUUUAGCACCACCACCGCCACCAGUAUAGUGUUUUUCUCAGGAAAAAAUAUUUUUGUAAAAAUGUUGUGCCUCACAAAGGGUGACAUUCCCAUGAGAAAAUAUUUUUUUGUCUUAACACACAGUGAAUGACUUCCUCAUACAAAAUUGCUUGUGAUUUUUUUUUUUUUUUAUGGAAGUGCUUCCAUUAUGUAGUAGUUGCAAACAGUUUAUAUAUUAAUAUUGUCAUUCUUCCUUGUGGAAUUUAUUUCCCCAUUCUUAACCAGUUUCACUCUCUCCAUCCUGACUAUAUAUCGGUGCAUCGAACAGUAUUUUGUUUUUGCUACUGCAGCUGUUGAGACAGCAAGUAUGAAUUGCAUUUUGAACAUCUCUUAACAUAUUAAUUUACCUUCAAAUGUCAGUCCAGUAGAGGCAGUCUGAAGAUUACUUUCAUUUAUGUAUGAAUUGGUUAAAAAUAUUCCCCCAAAUAAUUUGUUGUAUUAAUUUGUAAGUUUAACAAAAAGCACAUGUACUCCUCCACUUGAUGGCAAGAUGAUACUUCUGGUGUUCAGGCUUCUAAACAACUUAUCCAGGAUGUUGUAAUAGAUUUACAAAAACUUCAGAGCACAGAAUACUCUGGUAGCACAAUGGGAAACAUUUUCUAAAGUGUAAUAAAUAUUUUAACAUUUC